UCGACGAGGACUGCCCAUGGACCAAACGCUGCGUAAAGGAAUACAGUGGACAACCACUCUGCAUGGGAGCGUCAGAUAUCCGCGCGUCCCCUCAUUUGGAACCGAGUCAAAAAGUGUUUAGGCAGGUAUUUUUCUGGGCUCCAUUUUCUGUAAAAUUGGCGGCAUUUAGUCUGCGUUUGCUACCUGGAAAGAAGAGAAGGGAUUAAGCGCUGAUUAAGAAACUCUCAUCACUUUCCCGGCAUCUCCUGUGCGCCCGUCGGCUCUCCAGCUUUUCAUUUGGCACUCCAGCGGUCCAAAGUCCUUAAAUUAUUUUGUUGGGACGAGGACUGAAGUGAUGCUCUGAGUAGUUUGUGCUGCAGAAAUUAUUUUGGAUUCCGAAGAGCAGAUGAUGCAGAUAUAGCCACAGAAGGAAUUUAUCGAAAGCACCCAGGUUUUCAAAAGUACUAUCGUUUUCCUGAAGACAUCACUCUAAUGUGGACUGUGGAAACGGGACGAUAGGUGGAGUCUUAAUGAUCAUGUCAGGACACGAUCUGUGAUGAACUUUUGUCACUCGCCGUCAUGGCACUAAGUGAGACCUCCACAUGAAGUAAAACCCUGUGCUCUGUAUAGAGACUGUGACAUGAGAUCUCUCUGCAAAUCUUACUUAAUCCGAGAAAAAAAACAAACCCUCUACUUCCUCCUCAAUGAGCUGAAUUUGGCACCAGCCUUUUUCUCGAUGUACUUUUAAUCAGCUCCGCUUUCACAACAAACCAUCUCAGUGCCCGCCAUGGUGUCUGUCUGAUGCUGAAAAUUAAACUGAACUGGAGGACAACGGGGAAGUCCAUAAAGGUUAACCAGACUUCAUUAGAUAAAUUAUGCUUUUUGUUAUGUGUCACCACCAAUCUCAUAAAUGCAGAUUGUUGUGUAUUACCGUGAACACAGUGGUGUGACACAUUUAUCCACUUAGCCUCAGAUUAAAAAAAAAAAAAAACAAACAAGUUUCAAGACUCUUGGGCAUCUUUGUGAUUUCUAUAGGAUUCUUUUAUCCAGUUUUUUCUCUUCAGGCUGUCUUCCCAUUGAUAUUAUCCCGCCUCCCUCUUCUUCACCUUUUCACACCGUACUGGUUCACUGAGAGGCUUCAACCUGGCCGGCACAAUUCCAGCAAAGGGGGAAGAGGACUUCCUGACGCUGGCCGCCUCGCGGCUCAGCCGCAGGAAACGUGUCAUUGGAGCUGCUGUAGGUGUGGCCAUGGUUCUGAUACUGUUGGUGGCUAUUCCCCUGCUGGUUCACACGACCAAAGGAAGGAGCACUGGAGAUGCAGGGAGCCAUUAUGAAAUGCUUGGAAGCUGCAGAAUGGUAUGUGACCCUUAUGCCACAGGUCAGCCUGGCCAGGAGCUGACAGCUGUGUCCCCACCGCCCCAGGAUUACUCUGGGAAGAAGAUAAAGUCAGGGCUGAGAGGGCCUCCCGGGAUCCCUGGCCCUCAAGGGGAAAAAGGACCCCCCGGAGAGCCAGGUAAACCAGGGCCACAGGGGCCCCCAGGUCCAGGUCCUGGUGGCUACUCUCCUUCGCUGUACACGCCUAAAAUCGCCUUCUAUGCAGGGCUACGUAAGCAGCAUGAGGGGAGUGAGAUACUGAAAUUUGAUGAUGUGGUGACCAAUGUAGGGAACUACUACGAGCCCAGCACCGGAAAGUUCACCUGUCCUCUACCUGGCAUCUACUUCUUCACCUACCAUGUUCUGAUGAGAGGGGGGGACGGGACCAGCAUGUGGGCAGACCUGAAGAAGAACGGACUGGUAAGAGCCAGCGCCAUCGCUCAGGAUGCUGAUCAGAAUUACGACUACGCCUCCAACAGUGUGAUCCUGCAUUUGGACGUGGGCGAUGAGGUGUGUGUGCAGCUGGAUGGAGGGAAGGUCCACGGAGGGAACACAAACAAGUACAGCACCUUCUCUGGCUUCCUUAUUUAUCCUGACUGAAUCUUUGGUCCCUAUUCACAGAGAACGGACACUUACACACCCAUAAGACAUAUCCACAUUUAAACACGUACGCAGUAUUAAAUACAAAUGGAACAAGACAAAUAUACACAACUAAUGCAAGCAAACACACACAUGCAGACGGCCUGGGAUUACACCAGACGACAGAUGUGUGGAUCAAGUGAAAAGAUAAAAAGGGUUAAGUUGAGUUCUGUGAUUUUGAGCCAAUCAUCAUGAGCAUCUGCAUUUACUUAUGCCCUUUGUGUGCAAAUAUGAAUUUCAGAAUAUGUACAGUAUAGGUGCAUAUAGCAAUUGCACGUUGUGGCUCUGAAAUAUCUAAAAUACCUAAAUGUGUUGCAUAUUAACUGACAUUGUGAGAACUAGAAUAUAAAAACACCAUCAGUCUAAUUGUUUUUUAAUGCAAUAAUGGUGUUAAGGGAAGCCAUUAAUCAAAAAGACUGAGCUGGAGCAAACGUCCGCCUACUGUAUAGCAACACAGUAUUUAUCUUACACAUCUCUGCUCUGCGGAUUCAGUGACCUCUGAUCAAACGGCUGAAUAUAUUUUGCAACUCAUCAUUGGGAGAAAAAAAAAACCCUCAAGUGACUUACACCAGCCCUGCUGUGAUUUCCCCUGCAUUGGAGCAGUGCUGAUCAAAAUAAGACCAAAUCAAACACAUAUGUUUGACCUUUUAUCCCUGUUUCCAACAUGACACAGGGUAUCAUACAGCAAGAUUAAACUAGAUAUAUAAACAUCAGAAGGAAACACAUCAUGACACAUGUUAUGGAUGGCACUUGGUGCGUCAUGAAGUUUGAAUUGCCAAGUGCAUUUUUGACAAUAUUGUGUGUGUGUGAGUGUGUGGGUGGUUGGGUAAAUCAGUGAGUGGAUGUAUAGAUACUAUAAGAUAAAGAGGCAGUGAAAAGUAACAGCUGCAGUGUUUUAUUUACAUUAAGGUUGUAUUAUACAUUACAGACAUGUUACUGUAAUUACACUGCCAUACCUACUUAGUACUUUAUUUUUGAGAAACCCUGUCAAAGUAUCAUCAUAUGUAAACAGUAAUUCUGGGAGGGGCUAUCUGGUAUGUCGAAUCAGUUGAGUAGAAGAUUGCUAUUAAAAUAUCUAUACCUAC